GCUAUCAUAGAAAGGCAACACGCUGUAUUUAGCACUCAGUGUAAGGUCAGAUCAGAAAUUUUCACCAGAAGGAAGACACGCGAACAUCAACGUAAGAUAGUUUGAAGGCAAAUCGUGGUGUUUAUUUGAACACACAUAUUCAAGAUCGUCUGUACAUCGUACACAAGCAAGAGAUGAAGUCAUUGCUCACCUUGUGCCUACUGGCACUGUUCCUGAGUGUCAUGUGGUCCGUGCGAGCUGAAGAAGAGGAGGAUGAGGAUGCCGACAAGAAGAAAGAGAAGGAUGGUGUUGGCACUGUCAUCGGUAUUGAUCUGGGGACAACAUACUCAUGUGUUGGGGUGUUUAAGAAUGGACGUGUGGAAAUCAUUGCCAAUGACCAAGGUAACAGAAUCACACCAUCCUAUGUGGCCUUUACCCCAGAUGGCGAGCGUCUCAUCGGUGAUGCAGCCAAGAAUCAGCUGACCACUAACCCUGAGAACACAGUCUUUGACGUAAAGCGUCUGAUUGGACGUUCCUUCAAUGACCCGUCAGUUCAGUCAGAUAUGAAGCAUUUCCCAUUCACUGUUAUCAACCAGAAAGACAAGCCUGUUGUUCAGGUGAAGGUUGGUACCGAUACCAAAGCAUUUACUCCAGAGGAAAUCUCAGCUAUGAUACUUGGCAAGAUGAAGGAGAUUGCCGAGGCCUACCUUGGCAAGAAGGUUAACAAUGCAGUUGUUACUGUCCCUGCCUAUUUCAACGAUGCCCAGAGGCAAGCUACCAAGGAUGCCGGAACCAUUGCUGGACUCAACGUUAUGAGAAUCAUCAACGAGCCAACUGCAGCUGCUAUUGCCUAUGGUCUUGACAAGAGGGAAGGAGAGAAGAAUAUUCUUGUGUUCGAUCUCGGUGGUGGAACUUUCGAUGUGUCCCUCCUUACAAUCGACAAUGGCGUUUUUGAAGUCGUUGCCACAAAUGGAGACACCCAUCUUGGCGGUGAGGAUUUCGAUCAGAGAGUCAUGGACCACUUCAUCAAACUGUACAAGAAGAAGAAGGGCAAGGAUCUUAGGAAGGACAACCGUGCUGUCCAGAAAUUGCGUCGUGAAGUAGAGAAGGCCAAGAGAGGUCUGUCCUCCCAGCACCAGGCCCGUGUCGAGAUUGAAUCUCUCUUUGAGGGUGAAGACUUCUCCGAGACACUCACCAGAGCCAAGUUUGAAGAACUGAACAUGGACCUGUUCCGUUCCACCAUGAAACCAGUGCAGAGAGUUAUGGAGGAUUCUGACCUGAAGAAAACUGAGGUUGAUGAAAUUGUUCUGGUCGGUGGUUCCACCCGUAUCCCCAAGGUUCAGCAGCUGGUCAAAGAAUCUUUCAGUGGCAAGGAGCCCAACCGUGGUAUCAACCCUGACGAAGCUGUUGCAUACGGUGCUGCUGUCCAGGCUGGUGUAUUGAGUGGAGAAGAAGACACUGGUGACCUCGUCUUGCUCGAUGUCAACCCUCUCACUAUGGGUAUCGAGACUGUCGGAGGUGUCAUGACCAAACUUAUUCCCAGGAACACUGUCAUCCCCACCAAGAAGUCCCAGAUCUUCUCCACAGCUUCUGAUAACCAGCCCACAGUCACCAUCCAGGUGUUCGAGGGUGAACGUCCAAUGACCAAAGACAACCACCUUCUCGGAAAGUUUGAUCUUACAGGCAUCCCAGCACCUCGUGGUGUUCCCCAAAUUGAAGUCACUUUUGAGAUCGACGUUAACGGUAUCCUUAAAGUAACAGCAGAGGACAAGGGCACAGGCAGCAAAGAGGCCAUUGUUAUUCAGAACGACAACAACCGCCUGUCGCCUGAAGAUAUCGAGCGUAUGAUCAACGAUGCUGAGAAAUAUGCUGAUGAUGAAAAGGUGAAGGAAAAGGUCGAGGCAAAGAACGAGCUGGAGAGUUAUGCAUAUUCAUUGAAAAACCAACUCAGUGAUAAGGAAAAGUUGGGAGGAAAACUUAGCUCUGAAGACAAGGACACAAUCACAGAAGCUGUUGAUGAAAAAAUUAAGUGGCUGGAAAGCAACCCUGAUGCUGAUGUGGAAGAGUUGCAGGCCAAAAAGAAGGAGCUUGAAGAAGUUGUACAGCCAAUCAUGAGCAAACUUUACGAAGGAGCAGGAGGCGCGGGCGGAGCAGGAGGACCUCCACCAACAGGGGAAGAAGGAGACCACGACGAGUUGUGAGAGCGGAGAGGUGUAGGGCUUGUUUAUAAAUAUUGUCAUGUAAACACUCAUCUCAUGGACUGACAUUUCAUUAUGGAGCAUGAAGCAUCAUGUUACUUUCAACAGUGGAGAAACACCUUGUUCAAUUAAUAUGUGGAAUUAUUUAUUUAGCUUCACUUGGAUUUCUGACAGUAAUCGAGUUAACAAUGAAAACUGCAAAUGUGAUCAAGACGAACAUUGAAACAUGAUGAUUUGCAGGUUUUGACGUGAUACAAACUUAUUCCACCUGCAGGGAACAGUCCUCAUGAAUCUCAACCAUGGGGUUGAAAAACUAUUUGUUUUAUGUUUUGGGAAUUAUUAUAGGGAGUAGAAUAUUUUUGUUAUUGCAGAUGUCUGCACAAGUCUAUUUAUUUUGUAAGGUAAAUGACAUCAUUCAGAUUAAUUAUCAAAGAAUUGGAGGCUGAGAAAUUGGUUUUCUGUAUUUUGGCAUUUUCGUUUGAUCUGAUUGAUGUCGUGACUAUUCAUGGCUAGUGUAUGUGAAUUCAUCACCCUUGUGUACACAGUCAUCACGUGGUGUGUGUAUAUAUGUAUACAUCUCAUUAUCAUCAGAAUGAAAGCUGGAGUGCAUUGUGGCUGUAUGAUGAAUGAAAGUGUAAAAAUGUUGAAAGAAAUAAAAUUUAUUUGUUA